AUGCAUGUUAAAGGACCUAAAAGCUACACAGUGAACGGUGAAAAGCACACAACUUUUAGAAAGGCAACACUUGAGAGAGGCUUGAUUGAGAACGACGAUACUUUGUCACAAUGUCUUACAAAGGCUUCCAUGUUUCAGUUUCCACAUUCUUUGAGAAGACUUUUUGCGACUAUAUUGAUAUUUUGUAACCCGAUGGAUGUUAGGAGGUUAUGGGAUGAACAUUAUGAUUCUCUUUCUGAAGACUACAGAAGACGUUUCCAAAAUAGUGAUCAAGUUCAAAGUCUGGUUCUUAAAGACAUUUUGGUAUUCCUUCAAUCUAUGGGUAAGAGUCUCGAUGAUUUUGACCUUCCUCGCAUAAACUCUAAACAUCUCGAUUUGGGAGGUUGUCGUGAGUUACAAGAAGAAUCUUCCAUAAUUGUUGAAGAUGAUCAUCUGCGUGCCAAAGAUAAUCUCAAUCCUGAUCAGAAGUUUGCGUACGAUACCAUCAUGAGGCACGUUGACGGUAACUAUCCAGGAGUUUUUUUUGUUGAUGGCCCUGGUGGAACGGGGAAAACCUAUCUGUAUAAUGCUCUACUUGCUGAGGUUCGUUCACGUGGGCAGAUUGCCAUUGCAACCGCAUCUUCCGGGGCAACAGCUAAUAACAUGCCUGGAGGACGCACAGCUCAUUCGAGAAUUAAAAUUCCUCUAAUCCUGAGUAAUAACUCUCUUUGCAACAUCAGUAAACAAAGUGGUACUGCGCAGCUACUCCGUCGUGCCAAACUCAUCAUAUGGGAUAAAGCCUCGAUGGCUAAGCGACAAGCGGUGGAGGCAUUUGAUCGAACAAUUCAAGACAUAAUAGGCGUUAGUCUGCCAUUUGGGGGGAAGGUAAUGGUUUUUGGAGGUGACUUCAGGCAGGUGUUGCCAGUGAUCAAAAAAGGAAUCCGCGCACAGAUUGUAGACUCGAGCCUGCGAAUGUCACCUCUUUGGCCUGGGAUAACUAAGAUGCGUUUAUCUGUCAACAUGAGAGCACGGACGGAUCCAUGGUUUUCAGAUUUCCUUUUAAGAGUCGGCAAUGGGGAAGAAGAGGUGAUUGAAGGCAGCUUUAUUCGCAUACCUGAUGAGAUGACCAUCCCAUACACUACCGAGUCCGAAACCAGAUCGAAAAAGGCCUUAAUAAGUGCCAUAUUCCCGUCCAUUGAAGUCAAUGGGACUUCUCCAUAUGGCCAGGAGCGAAUAUAUUACAACUUUGAUGAGGCGAAAGACGAUAUUAACAACUACUAUCCGGUUGAAUUCUUAAAUUCUCUUAGUGUCGCUGGUUUGCCCCCUCAUCGUUUACGGCUCAAAAUUGGGUGCCCAGUUAUACUAUUGCGUAACAUCGAUCCAUCCAACGGGCUUUGUAACGGGACACGGUUGAUAUGCAAAGGUUUUCAACGAAAUGUCAUCGAUGCAGAAAUAGCAGCCGGGCAACAUGCCGGUAAAAGAGUUUUUUUACCAAGAAUACCCCUGUGUCCAUCUGAAAAUGAUAUGUAUCCCUUUAAGUUGAAGAGAAAACAGUUCCCGAUUCGCCUUAGCUUCGCGAUGACAAUAAACAAAGCCCAAGGCCAGACAGUUCCACACGUCGGUGUGUAUCUACCUGACUCGGUAUUCUCACACGGACAACUAUAUGUGGCCCUGUCUCGAGGGAUAUCACACGAAAGGGUGAAGGUUUUGGUUAGGCCUACCCAAAUUUUCCAUCAACCCGGUGUAUACACCGCAAAUGUGGUUUACAGAGAAGUUUUACAAGAUGCAUAG